GCGAGAACAGGCAGCGGUUGCUUAGCAACCGGCGUCAACAUCUCCAUGUAAUAACACCAACGCUGCUUCUGUCUGUCAGGAUUCACGAAAUAUAACUUCAAGACUCAUAACAUGGAGGAGACAGCACCAGCAGUAGUUGAGGACAUAUCUGAGUCCCUGGAGGAGUUUCAGAUGGUCCUCAAUGAGCUGGUCGAGGACGAGAGUAUGGACAAGGUCCGGGUGGAGUACGAGAAGCUCAUCCAUGCGCUGAAGACGUCCAGAGGGAACGAGAAGAAGCUCAUGUCCAAAUGCAGAGAGCUGAACGCAGAGAUCGUGACCACCUCGACCAAAGUCGCCGCCGCUCUGAAGCUGACCCAGGAAGACGAGGCAACGAUCGCUUCACUGAAGAGGGAGCUGGACAAAGCUUGGAAAAUGGUUGACGCAGCUCACGUUAAAGAGAAGAAGGACAAAGAGACCAUCAGGAAUCUGAAAGAAGAAGUUUUCAACUUGAACAAAACAGCCGAACAAACUGGUUUAUCAAUGGGCAAAGAUCAGGGCGACGGUCUAAAAAUGACAGAGGAGCUGACGAAGGAGCGGGAUCAGCUGCUGACAGACGUGGAGGAUCUGAGACAAAAACUAAACGGUGUCACUGCAGUCCAGCAGAAGGUCGAGGCCCAGCGAGAUGCUGCGUUAGAGAACAUUUCUCAGCUCCAGCAGGAGCUCCAGGUACAACAGAAUGAGAUUUCCCGGGAGAUGAGAUUGAAGGACAAGCUGGACAAGGAGGUGAAGCAGCUGCAUGUCGACAUGGAGGCCAAGACGGGGGACAUCAAGGCUCUGAGUCUGCAGGGCCAAAAGGCCAAAGAGGAGCAGCAGAGACUGGAGCAACAAGUGAGAGAGCUAAAGGUCUUGAAUGAGCGAACCACCAAGGAGCUCGAGCACAUGCAGGUGAAGAGCAUCAAGCUGCAGCAGGAGUGUGAGCAGCUCUCUUCAGUCAAAGAACGUCUCUCCAUGGAAAAUCAGCAGAUCGCAAAUGAGCUCAAGAUGAGAGAAGAGGAGGUGAACCAGACGCGCCAGGAGAUUGCCAAGCAAAUAAAGAUGAGAGAAGCCAUCCAGAAGAAGUUCCACCAGGUGGAGGAUCAGAAAGCCGACGUGGACGUGCAGAAGGAGACGCUGAAGGCUCAGAUCGCUGGUCUGGAGAAAAAUCUUGAAUCUUCCCAGAAGCAAGUUGAAGCGGACAAAAAGGCCUUGGAUGAGCUGAUCCGCGAGAGGGACAUCUUAAAUAAAAACAUGAUCAAAGCUGCACAGUCGACUGAGAAACAGCAGAACAUGGUGAAGCUCCUCGAACAGGACAAGAAGACCCUGGAGCACGAGAUCGGUGGCUACCGCCAGGAGGCCCAGAAGCAACGCAAGAUCAUCGAGCAGCUGGAAAAAGAGCGAGACCGCUACAUCAACGAGACCAGCAGCCUCAUGCAGAAGGUGCAACAGAAGAUUGGUGACGUUGAAGUAAGAGAGAUGGAGAUAUUUGAUUGGAAAAAGAAGGUCACAGAGGCAGAGUGCAAACUCAAACAGCAACAGAACCUGCUGGAGUCUGCCGUGUCUGAAAGGAACCUCUACAGCAAAAACCUCAUCCAGGCUCAGGAAGAGAUUGCAGAGAUGAAGCACAAGAUGAAGACCAGGACCAACCAGGUCAGCCGACUGAGAGAUGAGAUCGCCGGGAGGGAGCAGGCCCUGACCAAGGAACAGCAGGAGCACAAACGCUUAGAGAAAGAUAACGAGGCCCUCAAGGGGGAGCUGCAGUUGCUGAAGCUCCAGCUUGAAGAAACAAAGCAGCGUUUUGACAGCCAGAAAGUAGAACAGCAAAAACUGCAGAAGAUCAUAGCCGACGCUGACGCCGAGCAGAUCCAACUGAAGAAGCAACUGGAACAGGUCAUCAGAGAGCGGGACAACCUGGGCAAACAGCUGCUACGCCGCAAUGACGAGCGUGCGCUGCUGUAUGAAAAGAUCAGUAUCCAGCAAUCAAUCCUGAGCAAGGGGGACUUCCACUACAACCAGAGGAUGGAAGACAUCCGCCUGCUCAAACUGGAGAUCAAGAUGCUCUGCCGCAAGAAGAUGAUCCUGGACAAGACUGCGCCCAACACAGAGGACCUGAGGCAAGAGCUGUUCCACCUCCAGAGGGAGCUGCUCAGCGAGAGGAAGAGGAACAGCGUCCUUGAGGAACAGCUGAAGCCCAUAAAUAUCCACAGAUGGAGACGACUGGAGGGCAGCGAUCCCAGCAAAUACGAACUCAUCCAGAAGAUUCAGUCCUUACAAAAACGACUGAUUGCCAAGACCCAAGACCUCGAGGAACACGAACUCAAAUUACAGGAAAAGGAAAGGCUGUAUGUGGAACUGAAACAAAUUCUGGCCCGGCAGCCAGGUCCAGAGGCAGCUGAGCAGCUCCAGCAGUGCCGAUGGACCAUCAGGGAGAAGAAUAAAAAGCACCAGGCGUUGAUAGCAGAGCUGAGAAUGCUCGACUCCAUGAUCGACAAGUACAGAAACGAAAAUAUAAGUUUAGCCAACGAGCUGGCGAACGUUAAAAAGAACUACAUCAGUCAGAAAAAACUUCUCAGUGAGCAGAGGACCAAGACGAAGGUGAAGCAGUUGGAGCCUCUGCCCCAGCUGAGCAGCAAACCUCACUUCACUGGAGGAGGUUUCAGGAUCAACAACCCUGUGAAAAGAUAGCGGCUAUUAAAAGGGAAUAUUUUCAA